GCUUUCAAGUAGCCACAAUGAACCCUUUGUCGUCCGCAUUCGUAGCUUUCAUUGCCAUUGGUGCCUGUAUGGCUGACCAUGGAUUCUAUGGAGGUGGAUACGGCGGUGGAUAUGGCGGCCAUGGAUACGGUGGUGGUGAAGGUGGCCAUGGGGGUUACGAAGAUCAUCACGCCCCAGCCCAUUACCAAUUCGAAUACGGCGUCCACGAUCCUCACACCCACGACAUCAAGGAGCAGCAGGAACAUCGCGAAGGUGAUCACGUAAAGGGCGGCUACACCCUCAAGGAAGCCGACGGUACCCAAAGAGUAGUAGAGUACACCUCGGGUCCCCACGAAGGUUUCCAAGCCGUCGUGAAGAGGAUCGGUCAUGCCCAGCAUCCGGCCCAUUACGGUAAACACGGUCACGGACACGGAGGUGUUGGUGGAACCAGCUACGUCGGUAUCACCCACUGGGGUCAUGGCUCGGGACGUUGACAUGUCAACGAGAUCACGAUUGAAAGUUGUUACCAAAGCUGUUAAUUGUUUUUGUUUUUCUUUUGUAACUUGUUUUGUA